AUUGUCGACUAGGGGCAUUCACAAAGUCAUCCACAUUUAAUACAGAACCAUAACAUUGACGAAGAUGAAUCCAUUGGGAGUUUUGUGCCUUGUGGCCUGUUUGGCUGGCGCUGUCUUGGCCUCCCCCACACAAUACCACAGCAACAGCAAUAGCUACAAAAGCUACAACAGCAACAGUUUGAAUCCUUCCCAAUGGAUGAAGACCAUCGAAUUGGAGCACACCCCAUCCAUGGAUGAAGUUACCUUCGAGCAAUUGGAGAAGAUGCCUUUGGAACAGGGUGCUGAAUUGAUGCGCAAAUACUAUCAUUUGACCCAGGCUGGCCAUGGCGUAGCCCCUGAAUAUGUGCCCAGCCCCAGCCAAAUCCCCGUCCAUGUCUACAGCAAUGGCCGCAAGGAAACCACCGAUUUGAGCCGUUAUGUUCAAACCGCCAAGAACAUGCCCAAAUUCGGAGAUGAUGAAGUCACCAUUUUCAUUACUGGCUUGCCCCAAUCCUUGGAAAGUGUUAAAGAGGCCAACAAGGACUUCAUUGAAGCCUACUUGGAACGUGUCAGCCAACAACCCCAUGCCUAUGCCCAAUGGAAUGCUGGUGAGGAACGCCGCAACUGGGAAGAUCAAAAACAACUUGGCCGCAGCUUGAUUGUCAUCGAUUUGGGCAACACCAUCACCGAUGUCAAACGUUAUGCCUCCUUGGAUGUUGAACGUUGCGGUGAAAUGUUCGGCAAGACUUUUGUUGAAUUGAGCGAAGAAUGCGAUGUGCCUGCCGAAAUCAUCCAUGUUGUGGGUCAAGGUGUUGGUGCCAAUGUUGCUGGUGUCGCUGGCCAGAAGUACUAUGAUGAAACCUCCGAAAAAUUCCACCGCAUUACAGCCUUGGACCCUGCCGUUCAAAUGGCCAAGGACAGCCAUAUUUUGACUGGUUUGGCUCGCAAUGAUGCUGAAUUCGUUGAUGCCAUCCACACCUCUGCCUUGGGCUUGGGCACCACUAGACGUGUUGGCGAUUUGGAUUUCUUCCCCGAAGGUCCCUCUGCUGGCAGCCGUAAUGCCGACAAUGUUGUUGAAGCUUCCAUGCUUGCCACCCACUACUAUGCCGAAUCUGUUCGCCCCGGCAACGAACACAACUUCCCCGCUCGGGAAGCCAACAGCAUGGCAGAAUAUAAGAACAAGGAAAGCUAUGGCAAACGCACCUACAUGGGUAUCGCUGCUGCUCGUGAUCUCUCCGGUGACUUCAUGUUGGAAGUCAACCCACAGAGUCCCUAUGGCAAGAGAACCCCUGCUCAUAAUAUCAAAGCCUAUCACAGCAACGCCAAAUCCUACCAAAGCGGCCAAAACCAACAAAAGCACCUGUUUGCUCCCCUUGCAGUGUAUUAAAAAUAUAUCAAAAAAUUACUAAACUUUUAUUUUGUAAAAAUACGACUAUCAAAUGAUAAGAAAUAAGAAAAAUAAAUUAAAAUGGAAAAAAUUUAA